AACAAUGAACUGCCUCCCAAAUUUUGAUGGCAUCAAAAAUUAUUUUGAUAGAUCAUUUUGAUUAUUCUGGCGCCUCGAGCGUGUGUGAGGCACGCCGUGCACCACAGUGGCGCAGGUACACGUUUCUCUAGAUAUAGCAGGAGUACAUCGAAUUAAGAUAAUGGGACUGUGCUGCUGCAAACGAGAUCACACCAUCGAACACGACGACAACCAUGACGAUAAGACGAGUGUCUUGGAACCCCAGGAAUCGAACGUUUCUGCCUCUUCUAUCCACCCCAGUCUCUUCUCCUCAGAUUCUAUCGCAAAUCCUUGCCAUCUCACGUGGCUUACGGACAUCCAUAUUAACAACAUUGACACAGACGACGACGAAAUGAAACAUACAUGCAGAAUAAGUGGACUGUGUUGCCUUGACAACGGAAGAACUGUGCUUAUGGAUAGAAAUAACCAAAUGCUAAUGGUCUUUGACCCUGAAUUUCAAUAUGCAUACAGACAAAAAAUUCGAAAACAACUUAUAUCACUGACCACUUUUGAAUUUGAUAACAUUGCUAUCUUAGAAACUGGAUUUAUUGGCCUUUACAACAUUUCCGGAAAAUACGUCACGAGACUUCCGGUACGGUUUACUGUUGGAAAAAAUCCUAGAGCAGUGACAUUCAACGGAUCUCUGUUCGCUGUACUAUAUGUACAAAAUGGUAACAACUUCGUAAAAAUUUAUUCUAAAGAUGGUAUUGAACAUAAAACUAUCCCUCUUAGUAUUCAAAUUGAGAAGAGAAAAUAUCGGUCAAACAGUAUAGUGCUUGAUCGGAGUAACGACCAUUUAUAUUUACCGAAUAUGUCCGGAAAAUGUAUAUCGUGUGUGAAUUUCCUUGGAGAAGUAGUUUGGAACUCUGUUACCGUAGACCAUAUUCUACACCCCUCCUGUCUAAUGCUAGAGGGGAAUUUCAUCUAUUGCUGUGAUUGGCUGACUAAAGGUGUCAAUCUCGUCUCCUUAGAUGGAAAGCGAUCGACUUCUAUUUGCGUCGAUGGCGUAAAAAAAGCAAGAUUCGUAGCUUUUCAAAGGAAGAAGCAACAUCUGAUAAUUUUUACAGACUUCAAAUACAAACUGCGUAUAUUUGAUGUUCUCUUGCCUCCGGAAGAAUGCUGAAGUUUGAAAUGACGAUCGGAAUAUCAUCUGUAAAUCAUCUCAUCAAGGCUGAGAUAAGAUAAAUCGCGUUAGAAAGGAGUGCUUUUGUUUGUGCGUUUGAAGUCUUUCGACAGAUCAUUCUUAAUUCUACUUGUUAUAACCCCUUGAUUCGAUGACAGAAUUAUCAUUAAAUGCCGCUCUUUUACAGCCAUUUGAUUUCCGUCAAUAAAGAAAAUGAUCGAUCUUU